AAUCUUUGUUAUUGGUUAAUUAGUUCCUGGAUUGAAAAGGAGACAUAGCGGUAAAAUAGAGAAUGAAAUGCGGACUACAUACGCUUGGUGAUCUAAACGAAGUAUGGCAAUAAGCACCACUAGAUUGAGAAACCUUAGUAGUAUAAAGAGUACAUGCAUAUUUAGUUAAUCUGAAUACUUUUCAAAACAAAGAAAAACAUUGUGCUGAUUGAUUUUACGGAAGCUAUCCAAAGUUCGGUAAAAUCAAUCGUUAUAUGCAUAAUAUAAAUAGAUUCCAUUAAGCAACAUGGCUACUAAUAAUGUGCGAUCAUUCUUUAAAUUGACGUCAAUAUUAUUGAUCAGUCUCGUUCUUGCCCUGCAUUUCGAAAACGGGGCAGCAAUAACACCUGAAUACAAAAAAUACGCCCGCGGUGCGUGGAAAGAUGCUCAUGCGACUUUCUAUGGGGAAGCCGACGGCUCAGGAACAUUUGAGGGUGCUUGUGGGUACGGAGACUUGAAAGAUCGAAGCUACGGAACACAAACGGCGGCGUUGAGCUUUGCAUUGUUCAACAACGGGCUGACAUGCGGGGCCUGCUAUCAAAUAAAAUGCGUGAACGAUAAAGGGUGCAAGCCGGGGAACCCUUCUGUGUAUAUUACGGCAACCAAUUCGUGCCCACCAAAUUACGGCUUACCGAGCGACCAGGGAGGAUGGUGCAAUCCCCCGCGCGAGCAUUUCGAUAUGUCACAGCCGGCUUUCCUUCAAAUCGCUGAGUACAAGGCUGGCAUUGUUCCUAUUCAAUAUCGCAGGGUGGCAUGCAGGGGAAGGAAGGGAGGGAUCAGAUUCACCAUUUCAGGGAAUCCCUACUUCAAUCUGGUCUUGGUUUCAAACGUUGGAGGCGCCGGGGAUGUUACGAAUCUUGAGGUACAAGGAUCGGACAAGUCGAAGUGGAUACCUAUGACUAGGAACUACGGCCAGAAAUGGCAGACCAACGAGAAGUUGUGCGGCCAGCCUCUUAAAUUUAGGGUCACCACCAGUGAUGGGAAGAAAUCAGUGUGGAACGCCGCCUCCGGGGACUGGCAAUUUGGCCAAACUUUCCAGGCUCGUUACCUCGCCUGACCACACAUCCUCCCUUCAGAGCCGCUAGUUUCUACUUCUGUACAUAAUACAGGUGUUGGAGGUUCUCUUUUUUGUUCUUCAUUCCUUUUUUUUCGUUGCUCUUCUAAGUGGAACGCCAUGAUGUUUCAGAGUUUUUACACCGCAAACACAAAGAAAAGCCUGGUUCAAUUUUUGAAAUACAAAAUAAACAUUGAUCAAA